ACUUCGCCAUCCUUCGACAUCCUCGAAUGGCACCCAGCCUAUCAAUCCUGCCAACGAUACUUCCUCGACCACGCACAACACGAUCCCGGAACACAAGCCGUGUGCGCCUUGAUCAAUAUUCGACUACCAUUCCAAUGGCUCGGAAGUCCAGUCACUUCAUCUAGCCACACAAAUCACGCAUUCACCUUCUCCUCCGGCAAUGGACCCUCCAAUAUGCGUCUGAACCCUUCUCCGUCACGCGCUGCCGGUCCACCGAUCUUCGUCUCACCCAUACCCUACAUCCGUCGGUUGGUCGUGACCGGCUUCGACAAACCUCCCAUCCUACACGGCUUCUUCGGCGACGACUACGUCAAAGGCAUCAUGCCACAUGUGGAGUGUGAGAGAAGAAACUACCUAUUCGCGGCGAAGAGUGGCGGAUGGAGAAGUUGCAAGCGGGCGUAUGAUGUCGGAUCAGGAGGUGGAGUCGGAGGUGGCGCAGGUGGUGAUGAGACCGUGCCGUUCAUGAAGGCAUUGAAAGAUGUGCCGGCGGAGGGGGUAAGAGCGGCGGAAGCGGACUGGUCGAGGUGGCUGGGGAUGGAAGAUUGGAUGGUCGGUGAGGAUGGUCCUGAGGUGAAGAGAGAGGAUCAAGGAGAUGAGAUGGAGAGUGCUAUUAGGGGU